AUGCAAGGGUCAUAUAAGAAUAAUGGGUUACCAAGACCUUAUUAUAUGAAACCAUCAAAGAAGAGAAUUGGUGGAGGGGUCGGAUCCAAUUCUCCAUAUGAUAACUUUAAACAACCGAUUGUAUUCUUUACAUCAUCACCAAGAAAAUUGUUGGGAUAUGUUGUGAUGUUAAUUUUAUUUGGGACUUGUAUAUACUGGAUCAGUCAAGAUAUAAAAACUCAACCCGAACCAAGCUAUGAGAUUGUUAAAACUUCAAAAGAUAUAAAUAAUCCAAACUCACCACCAGUUUUAAAUGAUAAUACUUAUUCUGAGGAUGAUGAAGAUACCAUCGAAAUAGUAAACCCCAAUCAAAAUAAUAAAAACAUACAACAAAAUAGUCAUAAUAACAAUAAUAAUAAUAGAAAAGUUACUGAAAAGAAUAACAUAGCGGUCAAUAAGAAUAAUGGUGUCAAAAUAGACAGUACCAAUAUUGAUUUGGCUGGUAACUUAGCCCAAGGUUCAAAAGGUCAAAAGGGUGUUGGUGUAGUGGAAGCACCUAAAGGAGGAAUUGCCAAUGAAGCUGCUGUAGUUGGUACUGAUGAAGAAGAAAUCAUUGGUGGUAAAAAUUCUCGUAAUAAACAAGCAGGUGCAAAUGCGGCAGCUGCUGGUGCCGGUAGUAAUCAAAAAGUGGUUUAUAAUGGUGCUGGAGGUCCACCAGAUGGGAAACCAAUUGCAUUAGCUGGUACUGGACCAGGACUUACCAGAGGUUAUAAAGCUUCCAAAGAACUUGAUAAUAAUAACAACGAUGCUCCAAUUAAAGCUGAUCCAAAUGUUAACUUAAGGGCAAAGCAAAUAAUAGAAGAAACAGAAUAA